GUAGGAGAGAGAGAGAGGAGGCUUAAUGCAGUUAGACUGGAAACCGUAGAGAAGGAUCAUAUAGAGUAUGAAAGCGAGUAUUCUUGGGAGACUCUGACCUGGAGCCACUCAAUCUGACUGGAUCCCAGAGUUAUAAGAAAUCCAAAGGACAUGGACUAAGAGUGAAGGAAGCUGGAAAUCAGUGAGCAGAUGAAGGUGGACCUGCUGGAAGGGUGAACGAAAGGAGUGAGUCAGCUGCGUGGCGCAGACUAACAGACAGAAAGAGGCCGGAUGGCGUCCUAUAAUGCAGGUUACCAGUGUCAAUAUGGGGACAGUCUCUGCAUGAUCCGCGUGUACGAGCAGGAAGUGAUCGUGGUGCCCAUCGUGCUCCUCAUGAGCUUCCUGGUGACUCUUAUCUUCCUGCUGCUGCUGCGUUUCUGCCCCGAGAAAGUAAACCGGCAGCAGCGGCACAGCCACACCAACGGCCUCCAGCGGCAGCGAUCCAGGAGGGAACGGCAAGGCAUUGAUGCUCCCAUAGGACUGAAUCCUCUGGAGCAUGAGACCAUCGCUCUGGAUGGCCCAACCUACUCCACCUUCAUUCUGCCCCCUCAGUCAGACCCCACCCCGCAGCCUGUCCUCCCAGAGUUGCCUAGACAGAGACUACCUGAGUCUUUCAACAAGAUCUCCACUCUGCCAUUCACUUUCUCGCUGAACGCAGAUGAGUGUGUCUCUCUGUACCGAGCCAGGAUGGACGACAGAGAUGUCGUUCUAAGAGUCCUCAACGAUUCUGCUAGUGCCAGUGAACGGCAGAACUUCCAAGGCUUUACCUCCUUUCUGUGGCAGCUGGGCUCGCACCCGUUCCUGCCCGCUGUGCUGGGCACUGUCACGCUGCGCGCCCCGCUCAUCACUGUUGUGGAGGAGCUGACCAACCGGGAUCUCCUGGGCUUCCUCUGGAGGUGUCGGCAGGAUAAUGUGAGUCAUGAGGCCCCUUGUGAUCUGACAGAGAAGCGUAUAUUCACCAUGGCAACCCAAGUGGCAUCUGCUCUGGAUCACCUCCACAAAAAGGGUGUUGUCCAUGGAAACCUUGGGGCCCGGAGUGUGCUUGUGGGCCGGGAUAUGACCGUAAAACUGUGGGGACUGGGCACAGCAUACAAGAAAACGCAGGGUAUUCCACCCCCGAAUACUAACGGGAUUAAAAAAUGGCAGGCUCCUGAGGUGCUAGCCAGGAGGAGCGCCUCUACUCACAGUGACAUCUGGUCUUUUGGCAUCUUGCUGUAUGAAAUGGUGACUCUUGGGGACGCCCCGUUCGCAGACGUGGCAGUAAAUGAGCUCCUGCAGCAAUUGCAGAGAGGGAGGACUCUGAAGAGGCCAGCCCACUGCCCCAGCUCACUUUACUCCAUCAUGAAAGCCUGUUGCCAAUGGAAAGAGCAGGACCGUCCUUCACUGGCUGAACUGAGCCGCAAGCUCCAAUCUGGAGAGAAGUCUGCCAAUGACCGGGCCGUCCUGCGAGUACCUGAGCCAAUCAACAUCGAGCGCUACCUGCAGGAGGCCGGAUAUGCAGAAGAUAACAGCUACAGUGUUCUUUGAUAGAUGCUAGUACUUAAUCUUUCACACAAAAGGAAUAAGGACUGUUAUUAACAGAUUUGGAUGGGCAUGUAAGUAAAUGUAUGUAUGUAGGUGUUGUCAGGGUUACAAAUUCCGUGUAAUAUAAGAUUAAUUAUAUAAUAUUGAUAUUUUAUGAUGUUAUGAAGAAUUAUUGCUAUAUAUGUUCCCUGGUUAGUCACCUGUGACAUUUUUCCCCUUUUAAGAAAUUCCAGCAGUUGUAUGCCGCUAAAUGUGUUCUUGCUCCUUAUUUCAGACUGAUCUUAGUCUGAACUGUAGAUUAGUUGCACACUUGCAGGUUGUGACAGCAGCAUGUUUGUUGAAGUUAGGGAUAGGGUCUGGGUGAAGCAGGGCUUUGCGUAUAUUCCAGCAUGUACCCACGGCUGAGGGUCACUAAGCAGGUAGCCUGUUUGGCUACCUUGCUGAUUGCAUUGACAUGUCCUACUGAAUGUGUAACAUGUCCCUCCUAUUAAUGAGCUACAAUAAAUAGAAAUCGUCCAUCAUGCUCAUUUUCUAAGUAUUGGUAAUGAUAUUGCAGCAGCAUAUUGGCUCUGUUUGUCUAAUAUUCUUUUAUAAAACAAUGGUACAAUUAGUCAUAGGUUAGGAUAGCCAAAGCAGACUAAUGACUGCAUACAAUAGAAGUCUCAGAUCUGCUGCUAGCCCCUGAUUGUGUGUCCUGUCAAUAAAGAUUUUUAAAGUUCAGGUUAAGCCCACAAACUGCUAGUUAUGGGAUGCAGUGCAGGGGUCCAGAUGUGAGCAGUGUGAAUCGGUACGCUUGUACAACUUUUUAUGCUGCUAGUGCUUGAAGUAUUACUAAAAUGAAGACAGCAUGAGAAUGCACAUGUAAUAAAAAUGAUUUUAAAAUGCUUGAA